AUGUCGAAUAGGUUCUUCCAGAAGUUCUACCUGCAGUGCGGCAACUGCUCGGCGAUCCAGCGUAGUGCCCAGGGGUACAAGCCGAUCGCUAACCCCAUUCUCUUCAAGUCGGAUGAGCACUGCCGCAAUUACCACGACGAGCAGCGCCGCGCCGCCGGGUAUUCUGGGAUGUUGGUGACGUGCCGCUGUGAUCGCUGCGAGCGCGUGCAUUCUAGCUGGAAGGUGCUUGACGCGCAGCAGUUCCUUGACGCGAAGCUGCGCAUGACGCCCGAGGAGCGCACUCAGCGCUUGUGGGCUUCGAAGUCGUAA